CCAUGGUGUGUUGCAGAAAGUAGCCACCAGCCAGUCAGAGUUGCCACGUCGCAGACCAGCAGACAGUUUCGUUCAAGCUGUUAUACCUCUCAGUCAGCCGGAGGCUAGAGACAAGUAUCUGUUUUACAAUAAUUCCAUUCGAUUCGGAAGACUCCUGGAGGACUUUGACUCCUUGGGAGGAUAUAUCUGCUAUAACCACAACAAAAAUCCAGCUCUCGGAGAAGAUCAGAAAUCUCCUUAUGCGUUUGUUACUGCUUUAGUAGACAGAAUAGAAAAUUCAUCAUCCUCACCCCGGCUGUCACCGCUUAAAGACAUUUUUAUGAGUGGUCAGGUCACUUGGGUUGGCAGGUCUUCAAUGGAGUGUACCAUGCGUAUGGAGCAGGAGGUCGAUGGAGUAAUGCAGCAGGUGAUUACAGCAAAAUUUUUAUUUGUGGCACGAAACCCACAGACCAACAAAGCAGCUAUCGUGAACCCACUUGAUCCAGUAACCCCAGAGGAAAUUGAAGCUUUCAGGAUUGGAGAAGAAAAUAAGACAAUCAGACAGCUCGAGGGAAGUAAGUCUCUACUAAAAACAAUACCAACUGAGGAAGAGAGAUUGGUCAUUCAUGAUAUCUUUUUGUCAACUGUAGAUCAGAAAUCUGGAACACUGAGGGUGCGAGUGAAACCAGACAAUUCUGUGUGGAUGGAUGAAAGCCGUUUGAAAACACUGAUUAUAUGCCAUCCAGAGGACCGAAACUUGUAUAACAAAAUAUUUGGAGGGUUCUUGAUGAUGAAAGCUUAUGAACUGGCAUGGACAAAUGUGUCCCUCUACACGAAAACCAGACCAGGGACCUGCAAAUGUGUCGAUGACAUUGUUUUCAAGAAACCAGUGGAAGUGGGUUCGCUGCUAUUUUUUUCAUCACAG